UCAUGCGUGUCUUCCGGUAUGGUGGUUUCUGUCGCGCUACUAAGCAAGUGGCUAAUUUCUUUUAGGUUGUCACGGUUUCUCCACCGUCUGUCGCGUGGCAUUAAACGAUACAUAUCCGCUCAGAGUUUGGCAUUAAUGGUGGAGUUUCUCUGAGUGAGUCAGCCAGACUUAGACUUUGCUGAGGGAGAGUCCUCCCUUUGACUCGUAGUGCGUGGCCACUGGCUAGCUUAGCAAAGAGGGUGGGGAUAUAAACUUCAAGACCUCGCCCCAGUCGUAGCUCGACUCCAGCGACUGGCAGCUUAGUCUCUUUGCGGCGCGAGAGACCCACUCCUCGCUAAAUUAGCUAAUCAUUCAAGGGGCGACUGGCACGGAGGUGUCAUUUAAGGGUUGAAAUUUAGCAACAAUGUUUAGGAAGAACCUGAAAAAGGACCCCGAGCUGUUCCAGAACGUGUCGGAUGGGCUGCGGCGGCUUUACCGAACCAAACUGUUCCCGCUGGAGGACACGUAUCGAUUCCACGACUUCCACUCCCCCGCGCUCGAAGAUGCCGACUUCGACAACAAGCCCAUGGUACUCCUGGUGGGCCAGUACUCCACCGGUAAGACCACCUUCAUCCGGCACCUCAUAGAGCAGGACUUCCCCGGUAUGCGGAUCGGCCCCGAGCCGACCACAGACUCUUUCAUCGCCGUGAUGCACGGCGACCAGGAGGGCGUGAUACCGGGUAAUGCCCUGGUCGUCGACCCAAAGAAGCCUUUCCGCAAACUCAACGCCUUCGGAAACGCGUUUCUCAACAGGUUUAUGUGUGCUCAGUUGGCCAACCCUGUCCUGGAGAGCAUCAGUAUCAUUGAUACUCCUGGAAUCCUGUCAGGGGAAAAACAGAGGAUAAGCAGAGGUUAUGACUUUGCCGCCGUGCUGGAGUGGUUCGCUGAGCGCGUGGACCGCAUCAUCCUCCUGUUCGACGCGCACAAGCUGGACAUCUCCGACGAGUUCUCCGAGGUGAUCCGCGCGCUGAAGAACCACGAAGACAAGAUGCGCGUGGUGCUGAACAAAGCGGACCAGAUCAGCACCCAGCAGCUGAUGAGGGUCUACGGAGCGCUGAUGUGGUCUUUGGGAAAAAUCAUCAACACCCCUGAGGUGGUGCGCGUGUACAUCGGCUCGUUCUGGGCCCAGCCCCUGUUGGUUCCCGACAACAGGAAGUUGUUUGAGGCGGAGGAGCAGGACUUGUUCCUGGACAUUCAGUCUCUGCCACGCAACGCCGCUCUGCGCAAACUCAAUGACCUCAUCAAGCGAGCACGCCUCGCCAAGGUGCAGGCCUACAUUAUCAGCUCUCUGAAAAAGGAAAUGCCCGCUGUGUUUGGAAAGGACUCCAAAAAGAAGGAGCUGAUAGCCAGUCUGGGCGAUAUCUACCACAAAAUAGAGAAGGAGCACCAGAUCUCACCUGGAGACUUUCCCAACCUCGCCAAGAUGCAGGAGCUGCUGAACAACCAGGACUUCACCAAAUUUGCGGCGCUGAAACCCAAGCUGCUGGAAGCGGUGGAGGACAUGCUCGCCAACGACAUCGCCCGCCUCAUGGCGAUGGUGCGUCAGGAAGAGGCCGCCAUGCCGAGCCAGACCGUGAAGGGCGGAGCCUUCGAGGGAACCAUGAGCGGCCCCUUCGGCCACGGCUACGGCGAGGGGGCCAGCGAAGGCAUCGACGAGCUAGAGUGGGUGGUGGGCCGCGACAAGCCCACGUACGAUGAGAUCUUUUACACCCUCUCCCCCAUCAACGGCAAGGUGUCCGGAGCGGCGGCCAAGAAGGAGAUGCUGAAGUCCAAACUGCCCAACACAGUCCUGGGCAAAAUCUGGAAGCUGGCAGACGUGGACAAAGACGGCUUCCUCGACGACGACGAGUUCGCCCUGGCCAACCAUUUGAUCAAGGUGAAGCUGGAGGGCCACGAGCUGCCGGCCGCUCUGCCCGAACACCUGGUGCCCCCUUCAAAACGCGGGACAGUUCAGCAAGACUGAAGGUCCCGAGAGGAAGAGGAGGGCCAGCCUGGAGAUCGGUCAGCACUCACGUUAAGGACUCUCAGUGCCAAAAGUUCAAGCAGGAACCGCAUCCGCCUUCAAACUGUGAGUCCCCACAGGCUUCCCCGACACACCAGGACAAAGUGCUGUGAUCUGUUUACCAGAGAGAGACUGGAGGGGUUCUGGGAGGGCAUUCAUUAGGGGGUUCAGGUAUAUAAGAAAACACAGGGCAGGGUGUUAGUUUUAUAAAUGAUAAAAACAAGGGAGAUGGAUUAUAGACUGAUGGAUUAUAGACUGGAUUAUAGACUGAUGGAUUAUAGAGUGAUGGGGCUGAACAUGAAUUUAUGCAUUCUGUAUAAAUGUCUUCUACAGUCCAUAAUAAGUUGAUCCAAAGAUAUAGUUUUGUUUUUUCUUUUGGAGAGAGUGAAAGAGGAAAUAAAAUAAAACAGCUGUUAAAAUUGUUUUAUCUAUAUUUUUGUAUUUCCUGACUGUUAAUUUUCUCUUUCCAAACACCUCCCAUUUUUUUAUUUUGUCAACUUAAAAAAACGGAGUGUGAUUUGUACUUACAUGGACUUGUAAUGAAUCUUCCACUGACGCACAAUGAUUGUUGACGCGUCAUCAGAAAGCCUUGUUGAAAAACUGUCCUCUUUAAAAGCAAGAAAACGUAUAAAAAAAUUUCUAAAAUAAAUAUUUGCUGAAUGAA